GUAUAGCAGUGAGCCCUCCAUAUCAUCACAUCAAAUCGUUGAAGUCGUCGUAGCCGCCGACGACGUUGCCGUUAUUGUGGCACACAAAAGCAUAAAAGAACAGAGCAGAACGUCAAUGCAAACAGAGAACGGAAAGUAGCGCAUAACGAAUGUUGUCGUUUAUGUUGUUCUUGUCAUCGUUGUCGUCGUCGUCGUCUUCUACAUUGUAUGUGUUGUUCUUGUUGUUGCAAGUGCCGUCGUUAUCGUCGUAGUAGUAGUAGUAGAACGUGUCGCGUAGUCGAGCCUUUCAUUCCGUUACACUUCGGGCCGCGUGGUGCAAAACUCCCCACAAGCCACCCCCUCAGUGAUAUGAAAUAAACACACACACACACCCGCACAGCGACCGACACACAUUCUCUCACACCCAAAAACAAGAGAAAAGAAGUAUAACGUCAAGUAACAUUAAUUGAUUGUGUAUCGUAACGCCGUAGUAUUUAUAAGACUUGCCGCUUUUUGGAUAACACGCUUACCCUCCCCGCCCCUCCGUUGAAAGUUCGUGUUUCAUGUGGCGAAGUGUAUGCGAGGAAAACUUGUUUGUUCAUACACAUUUGUCAAUAAUUCUUGGCCAAAGGAGAUGUAAGAAGGAUUUCAACCCCAUGCCAAGCAACCACCACCACCACGACCAUUAAGUCAUCAUUACGAUUUGUUCCAACUGUCCAUGGAGUGAAAAAAUCUUCAGCCAGAGAGAGAGAUGUAGUGAGAGAGAAAGUGUCAAAAGACCAGUAACGGACACAUUCGAAGAAAAGGAAUUUCAUAAUUAAAACGGAUGUUGCAGUUAUUCCGAAAGAGACCUAUAAGACCCACAACGCAUAUCUAAAACAUAUCAAUACACUGGACUUUAUCUAAAAAAACAACAUUAAUUCUAAAGAAACCGAGUGUCAAUAACACAUUUAAAAACAAACUUAAAAAAAGGAUAUAAAAUAAAUUUAAGAAUAAAAAAAAAUUCCAUACAAAUAGUAUAACAAUAAUGAUGAUGGCCAAAUCCAAUAUAAAUAAAAUUAUAUAUCAGCAUUAUAAUCAGGAGAAACAGCAGCAUCAGCAACAACAACAAAUGCGAUUACCAAGUGACAAACAAUUCAGCAUUGACCAUUAAUUACAGCUUCAAAUAAAUAGGCGAAAAUAAAAACAAAAAUAAACAACAAAAGAGAAAUUUGAAAUCGAAAAAAAAAUCCAUACAAAUAAAUUGAAAUAAAAUAUUUGAUACACACUCCCACACAUAUGCACACGCUCACACAAACAACGAUGACAGUUACAGUGAUAGUGGUAAAAUAAAUUAUAAAACUAUUUCCGGUUCGCGACAACAUUGACAGCAGACAAACAUUUGAUUGCAAUCAUUGCGUUGCUGCUGUAGUUGUAUUUUUUUCGGUAUAUGUGUGACCAAGUCCAUUUUAUAUCUAAAAUACCAAUCAACCAGUAGUUUAGGUGGUUACGCACACCCCAACACCCACAAACCAAUAAACGAGGCGAACGUAACAUCGGGUGUUUACCGUCAUAACCGAGUGUCAUUACUGUUUGAAUGUGUUAAAUGUAACGGUUAUUUUUACAGUUAAUCAAAACCAAUUCCAAAGAAACCGAAACAAAAAAAAAAAAAAACAAAAAAAAAAACUGUGCUAAUAAAGUCAAACGACCAAACCAUCCAAUAAAGGAAUAAUCGCGUUAACUACAACAAAAAUAACAAAUAAAAAACAAAAACGUUGAACCGAUUAAAAAAUCAUUGGAAGAAUCCUCCUCAUUCCUUUUCACCACGCAGCAAAAGUCAACUGUGAAUAGAGAAGAAAAGGCAUAAUACAAAAACAACAACAAUAACAAAAUACAAAAAAUAAUAAAAAGCAAAAAACAAAACGAAAACCGUGAUUCCUAUCUAGAUUGGCCUCUUUUGUGUGGGGCACUCGCUUACACCUUCAUUUGGUGUUAACACGCUCACGCUGUAGUAUUUUUUCUGUCGGUGCGUUUUUUUCCGAUUCGUGUCGUGUUGCUGUAAAACACGGCAUUAAAGUCACAAUUUUGGGUUAAAAUCUAUAAAAAUCGUUACAAUUGAAUUUGUCAGUGUGUUUGUGUGUUCGUGCAACCAUUUCUUCCGUGGAAUAUAACCAUCGCAACGGCAUUUAAAAAACAAAGAAAACAAAAAAGCAAGAAGAACAACAACUAAAAGUAUUUUGGAUUAAAGUUCGCGUUUCGGAUUUUAAUAUUCACAAAAAUAAUAAAAACAAUAAACCAACAGCACCAACACCAAUACAACAACAGCCAAGUUCCAUUCAUUGAUGAACCAUCAGUGAUUAUUUUGGCAUUGUUGUUGUUUACAUCAUCGUCAUCAGAGUCAACGUCAGCGCCGACGUCAAACUAAACGGCCAAUUAUAGCCAGAUACCCCCCAUUAACAUCAAGCGAAUUUUUAUCAUCACAAUGGAGCGUAAACAUAUCUGUAUACUCACCCUAUUUUUGGGUCUCUUGAUUUUCAAAUUGAACAUUUUCACCGUUACCGGCGAUCAGGACGAGGACAUUCCCCACAACGAAGUCCGAAAUUGGGCAUUGAAGUUUGGAGUGGAUUUAUGGGAAUUCGGAAGACAGUUUACCAAAAUGAAUGAUAUUAAAAGUCGCUUCAAAGACAACGACAUCGAAGUCAAGCGAAAGGACGGUAUCAUACUUUUGCGUGAAUUGGCAGCAGAGGUGAAAAAUUUCAUGGACUUUAAACGCAAUGCAGUGAUGCGCAUCAUGGAUUCAGCGGAACAAGCAGCCCUCUCCGAACUAGAUGCGCAGGGUUCACAUUCCGGUUCGUCGAAUAAUCAACACUACGAUGCCCGACGCAUUAACGAAUAUAAUGCGGAUGGUAAAUUGGCUGAUGGGGCGCGCCAUAUGGAUAUUCGUUUUAUGCGGCGAUUUGAACGACUACCCGUCAAUCUCAGUCUAAGUUCGAUUCUGGUGCCGAAUGGCGUCUCUCUCGAUGAUGGAGAUGUUAAGGCAGCCCUACAGUGGAGUGCACAUUUGGAUCCACUGUUCCAGAACAACUUGGAGCGAGAUCCGGCAUUGUCGUGGCAAUACUUUGGCUCAACGUCUGGAUUUUUGCGUCGUUUCCCCGGUACAGCAUGGCCGCCGGAAGGUUCAAAGGGUAGCAAGCAGAUACAUGAUUUUCGUACGCAUAAUUGGUUUGUGCAGGCUGCCUCUUCGCCCAAGGAUAUAAUGAUACUUUUGGACUCAUCAUCGAAAAUGUCGGAGAAAUCAUUCGAUUUGGCAAUGGAGACGUCAUUUAACAUUUUAGAUACCUUGGGAGAAAAUGACUAUGUGAGCUUGGUUACCCUGACCGAUACGCCAAAAUCGCCAGUACCCUGCUUCAAGGAUCGCAUGGUCAGGGCCACUCCCGAUAAUAUAUUGGAAAUUAAAUCGGCUGUAAAAGCUGUCAAACUCACAAGUACAGUUAAUUUUACAGCUGGCCUGGAAUAUGCUUUCAGUCUGUUGCACAAGUACAAUCAAUCUGGAGAAGGUAGUCAGUGCAAUCAAGCCAUUAUGUUAAUCACGGAAAGUUCCUCGGAAUCCCACAAGGAUAUUAUAAAGCAAUACAAUUGGCCACAUAUGCCAGUGCGCAUAUUCACCUAUUUGAUUGGUUCGGAUUCGGGAAGUCGCAGUAAUCUACACGAAAUGGCCUGUUCGAACAAGGGAUUCUUUGUUCAGAUCAACGACAUGGACGAUGCCCGGCGCAAAGUCAUCGAUUAUGCCCUGGUCAUGGCUCGACCCAUGAUCAUGUAUCAAGCCGAUCACCCCGUCCACUGGAGUCCCGUUUUCGUUGCCGGUAAAUCUGGUGGUCUGGCCCGAGACUCUGAAUACCAGCGACGUUUGGUGACGACAGUUUCAACUCCGGUCUUCGAUAGACGCAACCAUUCGGUACGUGUGGCAAAUCUGUUGGGCGUCGUCGGUACUGAUGUUCCCAUUGAGGAGAUUCGUAAAAUGAUACCACAACAUAAGUUGGGACCGAAUGGGUAUUCGUUUAUCGUUGAUAACAAUGGCCGUGUACUGUAUCACCCUGAUUUACGUCCCAUGAGCGAUGGCAAUCAGUAUAUUGAUCAAUUGAGGCCACGGUAUACGUCAGUCGAUAUCACGGAGUUGGAAUUGCCGGAAACCGAAAUUGGCAAUGAUCACGAGAUAGUGGAGAUGAAUAAAAAUCUGUUGUAUGAUAUGCGUAGUGAUAUGAUCAUACCCAAAGAGGGCGAAACAGAAUUUACAAUUUUGAGUCACUACGAUGAUAUGAAACGUGUCUAUGCAAGAUCACAAAGAUAUUUUUAUGGUCCCAUUGAAAAUACUCCAUUUACGCUCGCUGUUGUUUUGCCCGAAAAGUAUGGCACCCAUGAGUUGCUCUCCGAACAAGAAAUACGGCAUUCACGUAAAAAUGUUACGGAUUAUUUUAAGGGCGACAAUUGGCGUGUCCAUCCCGAUUGGGUAUAUUGCGAAUACAACAGCGUUAGCGAUUUGGAAAAAGAACGUGAAAGUUCGGGUGAAUAUAGCAAUUCUAGAGAUCAAGAACCUAGUUUUGGCUCACCCGAAGAACAGGUGUUGCAUUUUCUGGCUAGAGCUGGAAGACCUGGUUGGAAAUGGAUGUCGGUAAGGCCAAAAUCGCCACAACCACAUCUCAAUUUGCAUGCUGCAACACCUGUGGGUCAUUUUGCCCAACACAUGAGUCUGCAAGGUUCUCGCAAAGCUGAACCCUACUAUUGCGAUCGAACCUUGUUGCAGAGUUUAGUGCGAGAUGCCAUGGUCACUGAUGGUCUGGAUCGUAACACAACUGGAACGCCCAAUGGAAAAGAGGAUAAAAAGCAAGGCUAUCAAAAGUUUGUGGUUACCACUUCAUUUGUUGCCACUCGUUCCGGCCUUUUGAGGUGGAUUGAUCACAUUAAACCAGCAGAUGAUUCGCCAGAUCCGCACUUCAGCGAAGAAAAUGCUCGAGCCAUGGAUAUGUCUUGGUACAAGCGGGCAGUUGAUCAACAUUAUGUGGAACAGGAUAGUUUUGUGUACAGCGUACCCUUUGGUUCGGGUUAUAAUGGAAAAUCGAAUGGCACAUUAGUUACGGCUUCACAUUCCAUAUUUGUCGAACAUCGUGGCCAUAAGGCACCGGCAGCUGUUGUAGGACUACAAUUUCAGCACGAUUCUUUGGCCAAACAUUUUAUUAACAUUACAUCGGCUUGUACCGGAAUGACGGGCUGCAAACGUACCUGUGCAUCGGAUAAUUUGGAUUGUUAUGUUUUGGACAACAAUGGUUUUGUCAUCAUUUCCGAAGAGUCAGAGCACACGGGUAAAUUCUUUGGUCAAAUUGAUGGCACCAUAAUGGACUCCUUGGUCCAGGAUCGGAUAUACAAACGUGUAACGGUAAAUGACUACCAAGGAGUUUGUUCGAAUGCCGAUAACCCCUAUACAGCCUGUGGAGGUCGAGCCAAACCCAAUUAUGUUGCUUCAUGGUUCUUUAAAUAUCUGUUAUCACUGAGUGCCACAUGGCUGUCACUGUUGCCCACGCCACUCAAAGCCUGGCCCCAGGAUGAUUAUACCUACAAUGAAGAGAACUUUGAAGAACCCACAUAUACCGAUGAUUAUGAUGCAUUUGAAGAGGAUUAUAUAUCACCAGUCGACGAAGAAAUGGAUGAACUCUUUACCACCGCUGAUGAAUAUACAACACCAACACCCAAACAGCACAAACCCCAUGUUGGACCUCGCUCAAAUCCUGACCCUUCCAAUGCUCGUCGCUGCGAUUUACGUACAGACCUGUAUAUGCUGCAACCAGAGCGAUUAAAUCAAGGGGGUCAAAAUAAUCCUUUAAAGGGUAAAUUAACAAAUUGCCAUGUGUCGGGCUGCGAACGUCCAUUUAGUGUCCAGAAGAUUCCACACAGCAACUUAAUUUUAUUAGUUGUUGACACACUUUGUCCAUGUGGUUCAAAGCAAUUGGACAUUGAACCCAUGGAAGAAUCCGGUAUUGUUGGAGCUUGCAGUACCCGCCGCCAAUCACAAGAAACACAAAAACGACGACGACCCAAAAAGUGUAUAAACUAUCAUCCGGAAGAAAUCGAAAUACAGCAGUGUGGACGCGGUACACAUCUCCUGCAGAAGCCCGUCUCCCUUGUUAUCGCUCACAUUGUCAUGAUUCUUGUCAGUGUUCUCUUGACCAACGCGUGAUACUAAGGAGGUGCGAUGCAAACACAUUUGCUAUACGUUUAAAAUCGAAUCCUUAUCGACAUUAAUCACAUGGAAAACAACAACAGCAACAAGCAGCAACAACAAAUUUGUAUACUUUUUCGGUUUUCACGAGACAACGCAUAACAUUCAUAAAUAAGUACGUACCCUGAACGUCACCAUAACUAGGCAUACAAAAAAUAGGAGACAAGGAUAAUUAAGUUUGGAUGUAAGUUUAUCUUCCUUUACAUUGCAUCUUUUGUUGUUGUAGUUAUACGACACCAACACUAUGGCGCCCUAGAGGGACAACACAAACUUGAAAAUGUUUAAGGAAACCCGCAGAUAAUGUCUUAGUUUAUGUUUUACUAUUACUUUUUUAGUAAAUUGAAUUGAAUUCACCACAAUGAUUACGCAAGAAGGGGGAAUAAAUGAAUCCCCCCACACGUAAUUAAUUGGCGUAAUUUUGUCAGAGACACGAAAAACAUGAAACCUAAGAGAAUUUAUUAAUGAUGAAUGAUGAAGUAAAAAAAAAAAAACAAAAUUUGUAAACUAAUUUUUGUUAGAACAAUUGAAAUUAAUUAAGAAAAAAUAAUGAAGACAAAUAACCUGCAGAAAUUAUUAUUAUUAUGUAAUUGUACCUACAGAUCAAAAACAGCAACAACAAAAAAUAAG